UUUUCUCAUUCUAACUUAUUGCACCAGUUCAGCAGUGCAGCUACAAAGAACAGACCAAAUAACAUAUAUACGACGCAAAGUAGAAGGAACGCAGUUUGAAAGGUCGACGCGUAAAUGAUUUAUGACAGAUGUAGCGAUAACGCUAAAUAUUUGGAUAUAUUUGUAUAAAAUGAAUUAAUAUACAUAUGGUAGGAGAAAUGAUUUCCAAAUUGUUACGCACAAACGUCCUAGCUAUUCGAUGCGUAGGUGAUCUUGUGCUUAUAGGCAUGGGAUCUACGCUCUACGUCUUUGACAGGGAUUCUUACCAACUACAAAGUAAAUUAAAUUGUUUGUAUCCAAGUAAUAUACAUGGAAUUGUCGUGGGACCAAACAAUAUAUUGGCUGUAUUUGGUGCUAAAUCUAUAUGUGUCUGUGAUGUUAUUAAGCAAGAAGAAGUAGUAACAUGUAAGAAACAAAGUAACAACAAAUUUAACGAUUGGAUAAUUGCUUUACAAUGGAUAUCAGUUAAGAAACAACAACAACUGGCAAUUUUGUUUGCUCAUAAUUAUGUAUCUAUAUAUAACAUGUCUGAAAGUUCCUCUGAAAUUAUAUGCUGCGAGGAGAAGUGUAUACUUUAUGGUGGGUCUAUGUCAGGAACAUUUCAAGAAGAUUUGGUAAUUUUUAGCGGAACAGUAUUUCAGGAAAUUUUAAUAUGGAAAAUAGACGAUAAUCUUGAUAGUAAUAAAAGUGUGCCAGUUUUGCAUCGCUUAAUAGGACACAAGGGUGUGAUAUUUUCUGUUAUUUUUGAUCCAUAUUCUCAUCUUAUUUGCUCCACAUCUGAUGAUAGGACAGUCAGAUUAUGGAAAGUAAUUGAGAGUGAGAGUUGUGAGAGUAAUAAUAUAAAUUGGCAGGCAGCAACAGUAGUGUUGGUGAAAACAAUGUAUGCACAUACAGCAAGAGUUUGGAGAGCUAUAAUCAGGAAUGACAUUGUUAUAACAAUAGGCGAGGAUUCACUCGUAUGCACUUGGUCGCUCUCAGGUAAUUUACUUAAUAAAGUUUAUGCCCAUCAUGGAGCCCCCAUAUGGAGUAUUGACAUGUGUAAAGACAAUAAAAAUAUAUUCACGGGUGGAGCUGAUGGAGCUGUGUGUGUGUGGCCAUCUACAUGCUGUACCAACAAUCCGAAAAUAAUCUCUCUACCUAAUGACAAUAUGCACAAUAUUCCUAAAUAUGUAUCAUAUUUAAAUAGUGGCACAAUUUUGAUCUUUAAUGAAAAGGGGACCUUAUUUUGCUAUAACAAAAAUGAAACUAUAUCAAAGGACUCUUUGUAUCUAGACAGAUAUUGUAGUUAUUGCAUCAUGCAAGUAUCUCCGUGCCGGUUUUUUGUUGCUUUCGCAUCUAGAGAUGGAUACGUGACGUUAUACAAAGAGAUUAUUAAUACAAAUACCAAGCAUCUACAUCAGGUUCUCGAAGAAAGAAUAAUGGAAUCACAAAUCUUUUCUUUGCAGUGGUUGAGAGAUGACACACUAAUAGUGUGUGGUGCGAAUGGUCUUCUAAAAAUAUUUCAUUUUACAAUCAAUGGUGCGACUCACGUAGAGGCACAAUGCACGUUACCUCCUAGUCGAGAACGUUGGCUGACUGCAGCCACAAUUUACGAAGAAUUAUUAGUAUGCGGGGACAGAGCUGGAAACGUAUAUAUAUUCGAAAUAAAGAACGGAAGCGAGGGUUUAGUCAAGAAACCUAGUCAGACACUUAUUAAAGUCCACGGUAAAAUAGGAAUCCAGUCUUUCGACGUGCUGGAAGGCAAGUUGAUGACGGCUGGACGCGAUGGGAUGUUGAGAUUUUAUGAAUUAAAUAAAGAGAACAGAAACUCCUUGCUGACGUUGCAUAGGAAAAAAAUGCCAAUGGACUGGAUCAGUGGCACGUUAAAAGUAGAUGGGGCUUUACUCGUGUUUGGUUUCAAAGAAGUGGAAUUCAUAAUUUACAACUUGCAGCAGGAGAGGUUGUUGAUCAGAGUAUCUUGUGGCGGUGGCCAUAGAUCGUGGGAUUGUGUGAUGCUGAAUAAAAUGGCCAGUUUUGCAUACAUACGAAAUAAGCAGGUCUACGUGUUCAAUUAUCCUCUGAGAUCGUUAAAACUGCCGAUUUUGCAAAAUGGUUUUCACGUUAAGGAAACUUGCUGCCUUCAACGAAUCUCGAGUCUGCAUGCGCAGGAUAUCUUUGUGUCCGGCGGUGAGGAUUGCACUCUUCGCGUUAGCUGCAUCUUCCAAAUAUCUCGAAGUGAUUCCUGUACCUUUCACAAUUUGGGAGUUUUCGACGGUCAUCUUUCAGGUGUAAAAUGUAUAAGCGCUGUCAAGUUGAACCAUGAAGUCGAUAAGUCGAGCAGCAGACAUUUGGUGUUUUCCGGUGGAGGAAGAGCGCAACUGAAGGUUUGGCAGAUGAAUCUCAAAUAUAACGAAAAAGCACCACCGAGCGUAGAACUGUCGUGUUUUGAUGUAAAGUCCCAUAUGCUCUACGGACAAGACCAAUAUCGUAAGAAAUCUUGGCAAGAGACCGAGCAGUCUUACAUCGUAGAACCGGAGACGCGUUACAUGGAUAUUUAUGCGUACUAUCCGUCCGAGGGUCCGAAAUAUGUAUUGAUAUUUGUGGCAUGUGCAGAUGGAUACCUAAGGAUAUUCAUAUAUGACAUUGAAACCAGUGAUAUAUACUUGAAAGUAUCUACUAAAUAUGUGGAUCGAUGUAUCUUGAAGAUGCACGUUUUUUCAUACGAAUGUAAAAUAAUCGUAUUGACAAUGACCACUGAUGGAUUGCUACGUUUCUUCGACUUCACCGAUGUAAUUGCAAGAAUAUACGAAGACGCGAAUAUGGGGAAUCAGAAUAUUGUAAAUUUCAAUGAUGCACCUUUCGCAGAACUUAGCUUACAUCAGUCAGGAAUCAAUUCUUACGAUUUAAAAUCCACGGAGGGCAACAGGUAUCUCUUAACCACCGGUGGCGACGACAACCUCCUCAAUCUUCUUUGCUUUCAAAUUUCGGAAACUGAUGAAAUAUUGUCAGUUGUAAUAUUAUCUAAAUGGAGCACAAUGUCGAUACACUGUGCACAAAUCGCAGGUUUAAAAUUUAAAGGUAAAGAUCAAAUAUGCAGUGUGGGCACAGAUCAGCAAGUUACCAUCUACAGUUAUUCGUGGUCCUCCAAUGGGGCUUUGUCUGCAAAAGUUCUCUCUGAAGUAUUUACAUCCGUUACUGAUGUGCAAGGCAUGGACUUGUGGUCUCAUGACAACAAUGGCGAUAUCGUGUGUAUAUAUGGAAGAGGUUUCGAAAUACUGCCUGCUUGAAACAUAUACCUCGCAAAAACAUUACUUAAGUAAACAAAACAACACACACAUGACAUUUAUAUUGUUUAAAAGCACAAACUUCCUCUCUUAAUUUAUAUAUAAUUUAUAUUUAAUUUUGAUUCUCAACAGAUGAAUAAAUUUGUGCAUAUGUAUUGUAUAAAUUUGUGCAAUAGUAUAUCAGAACCAAACAGAAAAUUUAAAAUUUC